AUGGACGCAACACAAUACCCGUCCGAACCUUUAAGGGUCAACUUCGAUUUUCUUAGACGAUUGUUGAACGAAUGCCUUGAGGAUCAUGAAGAGUGCCGGUCCACGAAAGUAGAAGUUGCAAAGCUGCGUGUCAUUGAGGUCACCACGAAAAGAAUUUGCCAGGCUCCACCAAGUUGUGAAUACAUUGCUCUAUCUUAUGUUUGGGGUGACAAUUCUACUUGCAAGAGUACCCAAGGCGAGUUCCCAUCAGUUGUACAAGAUGCCUUCGCCGUCACUGAGGCUUUAGGCUAUCAUUAUCUAUGGGUUGAUCGAUAUUGCAUCGACCAAAACCCGAGCUCCCCUCAGAUGCAGUCUAUGAUCAACCAGAUGGAUCUUGUCUAUAGCAACGCCCGCGUCACUAUAGUCGCAGCCUCCGGUAGCAGUGCUAGUGAUGGGUUACCAGGAAUUAGUGUCCCACGCUAUCAAGCCCACGCAGUUAUUGGCGAGACCCACCUGAUUGAAGUCCCUAAUGUUGUAGCUGACAUCAGGCUCAGCAACUGGGUCACUCGUGGGUGGACUUACCAAGAAUGGUACUUCUCUAAAAGACGACUCGUAUUCACCGAUAGCGAAGUAAUGUUUCUCUGCAACGAGGAACGAGUAAAGGAGACUGUAUUGGGUCGCGAUAUUUACGAGAUCGAGGAUAUGGAGCAUGAAUUCGAAUCAAUCAAGCCUCGGAGUCACAUUAAGGCUCAUCCGCUUCACUCUUACGAUCUUGAGUCACAUAUAAAGGGAUAG